GCAGAUUACUUAUUCAUAGAUUCGCACUAAAAAAGCAAAACAGCGAGGUUUAUAAAUAUUCAAACCUCCUUUGCUGCUUUGGUGAAAGAAAUUACUCGUUAACAAUAUACAAUACAAGCGCAUGCUGCCUGAUAGUAAGCUUUUAAUUCCAUCAAGUCCUAACCAGCUGCGUUCGCUCACCGACGCCAUUAUCUCGUAGCUACACACAAAGACUUUUCAUGAUACAUGGCGUUUGCUCGUGGUCUUGUGGUUUUGUUGACCUUUUUCACCAUCUCAGAGGCGUUUUUCUCAUCUGCAACACUGGAUGUAGAUAGUGAAAGUGCCGUUCAGACUCGCGAUCAUGAUCUCAUUACAAAACUUGGACUGUUUCGAUGUCUGGUAGAAUUCGUUAAAGAUAACCCACGGUAUGUCCACGAAGAAAUGGUCAAAGACUUCGAAGAUCUUCAAAGGAUUACCGUCACUGCGGAUGACUCAAAGACAGUCCAAAGACUCAUCAGUGUGAUGGUUUCCAAAAUGCGCCUUCAAAACGCUUUAACCGAGAUACAAAGCUCAAACGCGGAAGUAAACUCAGCCCCCCUAAAGAUGGUGGCUUCCGCUCACUUUAGCGGAGAGCAGUUCAAAGAUGGCGCAAAGCGUCUUUAUGAAUUGAAUUCUGAAAUAAUCACGACCCUAUUGAAGAGCGUGAAAUAUGAACACGCUCGUCAACUUGUUGGUCAAUAUUUACACACAUUACAAGACUUUUACAGCCACUCAAACUGGGUUGAACUUGGACAUUCAGUAAGGAAAUUCUCUUUUUCAUCAAAUCAAGCAGAUUUAUUUUCACCUCAAUUUCUCGCUAAACCAAACGAAGCAACUUGUGUUCCUUGCCAGUCAACCGCAGGUCAGGAGGAUGAUUGCGAUAACAACUUGAUAACAAACAAAAUAACGAGUGGAUACUACGGAGGUCAAGACAUUACAAAACCGACAAACGUCAGCAAAUGCAGCCACGGCGGCAUUCUCGAUAGUAGCCGCGGAAAAGGAACAAGAGGAGGAAUAAAUAAAGAGUCUGCGUCAAGGAAGUUGUCGCCUCACUACAAGUUCCAUGCACUGGCCGCUGAACACGCAGUAGAAGCUACUAAACAGUUUUUUGAAAAUCUUCGUGCUGCCGUGGGUGAUAAGACUUUUGCUCGUUUUCUAAAUCUCCAAGCCGUAAGGACACUAGCGCUUGUUAUAGAUGAUACCGGCAGUAUGGGAGAAGAAAUCAAGUCUGUAAAAAAAUUAUCCAUAAAUUUUGUACAGAAAACAAAGAAUCCUACGGCCAACAUGGCUUUUAUGUACAUUCUUGUACCAUUCAACGAUCCACGAGUGGGCCCAGUGACGGCCACAAGUGACGCAAAUGAAGUCAUCGAAGCCGUCAACUCCCUUGAAGCCAAUAAAGGAGGCGACUGUCCAGAACAAGGCAUGACUGGAUUGUAUAAAGCGCUUCUGCAAAGCGUUCAAGACUCGGUCAUCCAUUACUUCUCUGACGCAGACGUGAAAGACUUUGAACUAGCUCAAGUAGUUCUUAUAUUGGCAAAACAAAAGAGAGUGAAAAUUAACUUCAUAUUGAGUGGGCGUUGCAGAUUCAGUCGACGGCGUAGAUCAACAAGGGAGGAACCAAGACUAGGAUCACAGGAUCUGUUCCGAAGUUUGGCUGCAGCCACAGGAGGCCAGGUUUUGAAGACAAAAAAGAAUAAGGUUUCCGUUCUUGUGGACAUUAUUGGCUCAAAAAGUUACGCCAGUGACAACAGGGAUCUAACAGAGGUUAUCCUUCUACACGUGAGCAGCGACUCUAAGCAAGACGAGGAAGACACGCCUUUUAUGAUCGACGUGGAUAACACCCUUAAAGAUGUAUUAAUAGUGCUUUCUGCGGAAGGCGAUCUUGGGAUUACCCUGUUAAAUCCAACUGACGACCAGCCGUUAAAGGCAGCAAUACAUAGUCAGUUUGAUCAUAUUCAUGUGACUGAAGUCAAAAAAUUCCACGGCGGUCAACUAAUGAUUCGUGUGCGAUGCACUGGACCCUAUAGUCUGCAGGUUACUGGACGGAGUGUUUUGGACUUUACCUACCAGCUGUCGUCUGUUGAAAAUCUGGAGAGUGGGGAGAGGAAACAACUUUUCGGAAGCCCAGUUAAAGGACAAACGUUGCUACUAACCUUGGCUUUUACCAAACCAGAACUCAUCAAAGAAGUUAAUUCACUAUCACUCAUAAACUCAAGUGGCGUAGAAAUGGAGUCGUUUACUGUAAAAAAAGGAAAAGAAAUCCACAGAGAUUCACUUCAUGUCCUUUUUGCUCCCUCAUUUGAACGAUUUCGCUUUCAGUUGAACGGCAAGACAAAGGAAGGAUUUACACUAAGAAGAAUAAAACCAACCGAAAUCAAAACAGAAGAAGUUCAAUUGGACUUUAACGAUCGAACAUUAAACAGCUCCAGAAGAAUUAUUCCUAACGUUACCUCCAAAAUACAAUUAAAAAUAACAAAUAUGGGAAACUCAGAAAAUUUUACCCUGAAGGCAAUGGACGACUUGGGAUUUAUUCAGUCAGUAGAGCCUCAUAACUGCUUUGUCGCUGCGAAAGAUACCGCUGAGUUUUCAUUAGUAGUGAAGGCGCCAGCUAAUGCUACCAAAGGAGAGACAAGUACCGUUACUGUAUAUGCAUCACCAACGUCAAGCGAGAGCCCAUCGAACUACAUGAUGUUUUACGUCAGUGUUAAAGAGAUCGAAAGCAUUUUCCCACCAAAAUGCGAAGUUACAAAUCAAAUAGAGAAAUGUGAUCCAGUGUACCACCUUUCCAAUUGUUCAACAAUCACAUGGAAGUCAUACAUUAACAUAUAUAGCCCGGGAAAACAGUUACUAGCAGUUACUUCUAAGAAUCUUGAGCUUGGACAACUAAAUGUUAGUCCCUAUGAGACAGGAAUGUUCAACUCAUCAGUAUCAGGUGUCUACACAUCGACAUGUUGCCAUCCUACAGCAAGUAUAAUCGUCGUAGACCAGAACGGUAACACAGCUGUCUGUGAAUUAACUGCAGUGACACCAAUCAUAAACAUCAAACCCAAUAUAAAAUUCAGCGAACUGAACGUCCUCGUUGGAAAAAAGUCUAAACUUGAAUUUAACAUUACAAACCUCGGAACGAAAAGCUCGUUCUCUUUACAAGUAUCGGAUAGUGAGUAUUGCAUUGGUUUCGUCACUCCGAUAAACAUUAACAUGGAUCAUAAAGAAGUUGUGCGAUGUGAAGUUGUCCUGAUAGGAAGCAAAACGACUGGAUCUAAUAAGACAAGCCUUUUAGUCGACGCUGUACCUCUUGCGGCUAAUAUCGACGCUACAGAAAUACGUUUACUGGAAGUGGACGUGACUGUUGAAGCAGAAGCAACUGGGCCAUCACUUGGAUGGAAUGUUACAGCCGAUUUGGAUCAUAUUCCUUACCUUAUAAUUCACUAUGGAGAUGAAGAAGAGCUCUUGUUCCAAGUUAAAAAUCAUGGCCAAACAGGAACAUUCAAUUUUAUUGCUUCCCGCUCCAAUAACGUCUAUUUGCGGUUUGUACCAAAUCCAGUCAACUUAGACAACAGUGAGACAACUGUAUUAAAACUCGUCAUGAACACUAAACAAAAUCGCCCCUCAGAAGAGGAGAUAGUGGUCAGUGCACUACCAAAUUGGAGUAGCAAGAUGAUAAAACUUUUCAGCAAAAAAGUUCAAGUCAUUCCUGCACUCAAGAGCGUGGUGUCGAGUGGUAAGGUGUUGAUGAGUACAGGAGCCAUAGUCAGUGAAACCUUUACAGUCAUUAACGUUGGUCGACGACAACACUUCACUUUUAAGGUUUCAUGUCCAGGUACUCUUACAUGCCAUGUAACUCCAGAUGAGGUCGUUCUAAAACAAAACGAGAGCAUAGUAGCAAAUCUGACGGUGGAGUCCUCAACAACCAUGGAGCUAGACACCAUGGAGGUCAAAGUAAUGGCGCUAUCAUCAUCAUCGAAAAACAGCACAGCUGGAUAUCUUAUAUUCACUCUUGAAACAACCAUAAAAAACCAUAUUAUAGCAAAGGAAACAAAAGAAAAAGAUAAAAUGGGAUUCAUCACAAUUCUUGUAAUUAUAUUAAUCUGCGUUUUAAUAUUUGCUCUGUGUCUACUCGCGAUGUGUUGCUACAGGAGAAAACGAGGUUCGUGGAACGUAUGGAAAACAAAAUCAAACCAACAAAAACAAAGAGUGAAAGUGGAAUUGUCAACAACAGAUGACAAUGCCGAAAAAACUGAGAUGGUAUGAGGGGAUGUAUUAUCACGCACCUGCAGCUGUUACGUGACUUAAUCAAUCUUCACUUCUUUUAAAAUUCACAAGUUCAUCCCAUUGACCAUUAAGUAAAAAUAUAUAAGAACUGACAUAAAACCAAUAAAGAGACAUCACCUUGUAAUUGAACUUUAACUUAGGUAUUACUAGUGCCCUAAUUGGUCAAAAUCCUGUCGUGUCGAAACGUUGGAGGAGUGUCAAGACGUUAGGUCUAUGAAUUGUAACUUCUCGGUUACAUUCAUUAAAUCUUUGAACCAGAGUGGCAUCAAACCAUGUCUGAUUGUCUACCUGGUUGCCUAUAGAACUUUAAUAUAACCCUUCGUUUGUUGCACCGGUAAACCAAGAGAAAAGGGAAACAUGUAAGUUAAAUUUAUAAAGUAAUAGACCGCACUUUCCAUGGGUUUAGAAGCGUAAUAACCACUUGGGAUGUUGGAAGAACACAAACUUUUUUCCUGUUUCUCUCAAUAUUCAGGGUGGGUUUAUAACGCCAAUAAACCAAUAGAGAGUGCAGUUUAUUGCUUAAAACAAAGGCAGGAUGUUCGAAACCCAAUCGGUACUUUCAAAUAAAGGUCAACUCCGUACGCAGUACUAUUUCAAUGUCCAGGGGUAAGGCACUUGAUUCACACAACACUCCAAGUUAAGGGAAAUGUGUAUCCCCAAAUGUGAUCAUUGCAGCUAUAUGUCGAAUAAAGAAAAUCGUGCCUCUCACAUUUAAGAGAGAUAAUCAGUUUUAACUCUGAUUAGAAUGGUUUGUUUGACAAAAAUGGAUAGUUUUUAUGGUAGAUAUUAUCAAUAGUUAGCGUUCUAAAAUUUAUCCUUAUGCGCAGAACAUAAGUGACAAUUCUUUUGUGUAGAGAGCAUUCAUUAAAGGAAAAAAUGAGCGAAAUACUCAAUUCAAAGAAAGUUAUUAGAGUUAUAAGGAAUGGUUGGGAUACUGGUUAACUAAAUUUAUGUCAUAAAAAACACGUGAUUCAAAAAAAUAUCUCAUGCAGCAACCAGUGCCGAAGAUCAUAGAAUUGUCUGCGGUAAUAAGUUAUACGUAUAAAACUAUUAUUCUUUAGAAUUAGAGAACACAAAAGAGUUGAAGUAAUUGACGAGACUGAAUUCUGGUCAAAACGUUAUUACACUGUAUCUAGUAAAUCAUGUAACGGCCGUGAGGUAUUUCAGAGAUGUUUCUAUUUUAAGUCUUUCAACAACAGUAAACAUAGACAUUCCAAUAUGACAGCAUAAGUGCCGGCAUCGCACGAUAAAUAUCUUUUCAUUACAUCGAUCAUUAAGUACAAUAUAUAGCUGGUAAAUUCUGUAUAAUUUACUAACCAACCAGCAAGUAAAAUUUAUCAAAUAGUUUUCCAUAAUUACACCAAGGUAAACUAACAGAUCUAAGUAAAAACAAAGGUAAAAGGUUUUCAUUCCAAUCGCGACAGAGCACAUCAAUUGAUUAGCAUUUCUCGAACCUUUCUUAUUAAUAACGUUUAAUAACUCUAUCCUGAUUAUUUAUUGUACUUGUACCAAAUUCAUAGUCACUGUGUACAUUAAAUUAAUAAGUUCUGUUGA